CUAGCUGAGAAAACGUGAGAAAAGCUUAUAACGAAAACUUGUUGAAUGCGGUAAUCAUUCGUCUCCGACUUAGCAACGCGAAACAACUUGUUCCAGAUCUUAAACUCCGAUCUCCUUUAAAGCUAAUAUAAAAUGGUGAAUGGUAAAGUGCUAAUCUAUGGUGGACGUGGUGCUUUAGGAGCGUCUUGUGUUCAGUAUUUCAAGAAAAAUAAUUGGUGGGUUGGAUGUAUCGAUCUGGCCGAAAACGAAUCCGCUGAUGUGAACAUUGUGGUGGACCGUGAUGCCGACUGGGUGUCGCAAGAGCAAAACGUACUUUCGAAAGUACAGCAAUCUUUAAGUGGAGAUAAGCUGGAUGCUGUAAUCUGUGUUGCUGGUGGUUGGGCUGGUGGUAAUGCUCAAAAAGAUCUGGCGAAAAAUGCUGAUCUUAUGUGGAAGCAGUCUGUAUGGUCCUCAACUAUCUCGGCUACAGUUGGGGCAAAUUACCUCAAAGAAGGCGGUUUAUUGGCCUUAACUGGUGCUUGCCCGGCAUUGGGUGCGACCCCGGGCAUGAUCGGUUACGGUAUGGCUAAGGCUGCUGUGCACCAGUUGACUAAAAGUUUGGCAGGAAAGGAUUCUGGACUACCGGAAAAAUCAUUGGUUGUGUCUAUACUCCCAGUUACUCUUGACACUCCCAUGAACCGCAAAUGGAUGCCAAAUGCAGAUUUUGGAACAUGGACUACGUUGGAUUUUGUUGCUGAGCUUUUCCAUAAAUGGACGAAGGGUGAGGAAAGGCCAGCUAAUGGAAGUUUGAUUAAAUUGGUAACAAAGGAUUCGAAGACCGAUUUGGUAAUAUCUGAAUAAUAUACCAAUUCCGCUUAUUAUGAAUUAUUAAUACUAUUUCCAUCGAUGCUCUCUGUUUUCCGUACACAACAUUCCAGCAAAAACGUUAAAUAAAAUGUACUUAUAACCUUAAAGAA